AUGGGCGACAGUGACUUCUCCAUCCCCUCGACCUUCACCUCCUUCACCAAAACGUGGCACUCGGAAUCCUAUGCCACCAUAUCCCCGACCCGUCCCGAACUCUCUGCCUCUGGGAAGAACGUCGUUGUGACUGGGGGCGGCACCGGCAUCGGUAAACACAUCGCCAUUGCAUUCGCCCAUGCCGGCGCUCAGUCUAUUUCCAUCCUCGGGCGUCGUGAAGACCGUCUGAUCACCUCGUCGAAAGCCAUCACCGACGCAGCACAGGAGAGCAAGAAAGCCGUGAAAGUGCUAUACCGCAUUACAGAUCUGACCAAGAAAGCCAACGUUGACGGAUCAUUCAGGUCCCUCGCUGGAGAAGUCGGUCCGUUGCACAUCUUGAUCUCCAACGCGGGUGUGUUUCCCGGUGCAGGAGCCCUAGCCACCGUCUCCGCCGAUUUCCUCAUGGCCGGGUUUGAGACCAACGUCCGCGGCGCCCUUUACUCCAUCCAGGCUUUCCUCCCUCUUUCAUCCUCCGCCCCGGACGGGAGCGCACCCAUGAUCCUCAACAUCGGGACGGGGACACACAUGGCGCCGAUCCCGGGUAUAGGUCCCUACAUGGUAAGCAAGGCGGCGAACCACAAGAUGAUCGACUACAUCGCGACGGAGAACCCGAAGGUCCAUGUCGUCAACGUUUGCCCCGGAGUCAUCGAAACGGAAAUGUCCGAGCCGAACAAGGACUCGGUGUCGCAUUGGGAUUCUCCUGAUCUGCCGGGACAUUUUUCCGUCUGGCUCGCCAGCCAGGAGGCCAAGUUCCUGAAAAGUAAAACAGUCUGGGCCAAUUGGGACGCCGACGAGAUGAUGGCGCGGAAGGAAGAGAUUCAAAGUUCGCGGUUGUUGACUUGGUUGUUGGACGGGGUGCCUAUGUAG